UAAAGAUUGUAUUUUUCUAAUAAUUUUUGGCUAAAUUUUGAAUUUUGUGAGAUCUUUCGCAGGGGUUGGUUCUUCUUCUUCACAAGGAGUGAUGGCUGUUGGGUGUGGCUAUGGAUCUGUCGCCAUGGAGAAGAGUUUCAGGGAGUGUUCAAUAUCACCGCCGGGAGAGAGUAGGGCCACUGGAUCAAUUGGCCGGAAUUUCGGAUCAAGAUCACGGGUUGGUGUCGAAUCAUUUUCUUUCUUUGAAAAUAUCAAGCCAAAAAGAUACGAGAUCUUAGAGAAUCAUCAUCAAGAGGAAGAACAUCAAGAAGAAGGAGAUAGUUCAACACAGAUUGAAACGCUUCCUUUAUUUCCAAUUCAUGGAGGCACCCACCAUGAUUUCUUCAGCAUGAAGGCGGCAGAUUUGUCAUCGGAGCAUACCACGGGAGGUUACUACACCAGAGGAAACUGGUACCGCAAGGACGGCCGUGCUUCCCUUGAGCUCAGUCUCAACUCGUAUGGAUAUUAUAACUAAUAUAUUAUCUAUUUUAGUUAGUGAAGUAUGUAAUUAAGUGGUAAUUAUCAUGUACUAAUUAUGGGUGUGAUCUAUGUUUAAUUAAUUCCUCUA